AUGUGUCGUGUGCCAUCUUUGUCGCGAAUAUUGCGAUGCGUGUCGCAGACGUUAUUUCUAGGGGUAACGCUCAAGAGCGGUACGCUAUCUCGUACCUGCAGCAACACAAACGCCUCCCAGUGCGGAAACCUGGCUGGGCGGAGUGCGCUCCGUCGAUUAGUGUCGUGGUGGGUUGUGUUUGAAAGAUCGUCAGGAGCGACGGGUGCUCCAGGAACUGCGGUUAUACCAUGGAACAUACCCAUAGGCCACUUGAGUGUAUCUGCUGGGCAAAUGAAGAUGUUAUUUUUGCAGUUCUUCUACUGCAGUACUCUACCUCUGGUUGCUCGUACGAUAUCGUGCGUGGUGUUUCUGGGCCAUGUAUGUUGGGCUGUUUAUGGAAUGCAUCAGUUUAAUAGCAAGAGUAGCGUCUGCGCGAAGUCCCUCCUCUACCGGUCCAUUCAUUAUGAGUUAUCUAUCGCUUCUAUAAGUCUGCUAGGCACGCUUAUUACCUCUGCCUCAUUAGCUGCGUCUUACAAGCUAUCUAGACUCUCACCAUCGUUUAUGGCGGCAGCAUGUUAUGCUACGUUUAGACGCCUUCUUUGGUGGGUGACGCCUCUCAAAAGUCAAAACGUGCGCACGCUUUAG